GCAAUUAAAGCCAUGGACUAAGGAGGAAAGGAGGGGGUUUAGAAAUACCAGUAUAAUAAGUAGUAUGACUGGAGCGCUCCGUCAAUUAACUCAAUGAGACAAAGCCUGAUUUCACGGGGGAAGGCGGUGAGAAGCGCUACCCUCAUUAAAUCUGGCCAUUAGAGGUGCUUCUAAUGGAAUUAACUUUGUUUUAGUGGUCUGAGUUAUAUAAAGUAGUCUGUGCAUGUGCACGUACACACGUGCACACAGGCAGGUUCUGUAAUUUUUGUGGGUCUUUCUUUCAAGAGGAGAGGAAUAGAACGCGAAACAAAAAUACACCCCCCAAACCGCAAAUCCCCAAAGAACAAAAAUCAAAAACGGGGUGGAUGCUCCAGUGCUCAAGAGUGGAAGACAAGAGGAAAGCAGGACAGAGGCGAGGAGUGGAAGGCGCGAGAGAGUCCUCCCGGUUAUAAAGCCAUGAGCCCCCUUCGAUGGGGGCUUCUGCUCGGCUGCCUGGGCUGUGCGCUCCCGCCGCGGGUGCGGGCGCAGUUCCCCCGGGUCUGCAUGACGGUGGGCAGCCUGCAGGCCAAGGAGUGCUGUCCGCCGCUGGGCACCGACACGGCCGACGUCUGCGGCUCUCGGGAGGGCCGGGGCCAGUGCGCGGAGGUGCAGAUCGACACCAGGCCCUGGAGCGGUCCUUACGUCCUGCGCAACCAGGACGACAGAGAGCGGUGGCCACGGAAGUUCUUCGACCGGACCUGCAGGUGCACAGGAAACUUUGCCGGCUAUAACUGUGGAGACUGCAAGUUUGGCUGGACUGGCCCCAACUGCGAGCAGAAGAAACCCCUGGUUGUCCGGCAGAAUAUCCACUCCUUGACCCCUCAGGAGCGUGAGCAAUUCUUGGGCUCCUUAGACCUCGCAAAGAACACGCCGCAUCCCGACUACGUGAUCACCACGCAACACUGGCUAGGCCUGCUCGGGACCAACGGGACCCAGCCACAGAUCGCCAACUGCAGCAUUUAUGAUUUCUUUGUGUGGCUCCAUUAUUAUUCUGUUAGAGAUACAUUAUUAGGACCAGGGCGCCCAUACAAGGCCAUAGAUUUCUCACACCAAGGCCCCGCCUUCGUUACCUGGCACCGCUACCAUUUGUUGUGGCUGGAAAGAGAUCUCCAGCGUCUCACUGGCAAUGAGUCCUUUGCUUUGCCCUACUGGAACUUUGCCACCGGGAGGAACGAGUGUGACGUGUGUACAGACCAGCUGCUUGGGGCUGCAAGACAAGAUGAUCCGACUCUGAUUAGUCAAAACUCCAGAUUCUCCAGCUGGGAAAUUGUCUGUGAUAGCUUGGACGACUACAACCGCCGGGUCACCCUGUGUAAUGGAACCUAUGAAGGUUUGCUGAGAAGAAAUCAAGUGGGAAGAAACAGUGAGAAAUUGCCAACUUUAAAAGACAUACAAGAUUGCCUGUCUCUCAAGAAGUUUGACAAUCCUCCUUUCUUCCAGAACUCUACCUUUAGCUUCAGGAAUGCCCUGGAAGGAUUUGAUAAAGCAGACGGGACCCUGGACUCUCAAGUGAUGAACCUUCAUAAUUUGGUUCAUUCCUUCCUGAACGGGACAAACGCUUUGCCACAUUCUGCUGCCAAUGAUCCUGUUUUUGUGGUCCUUCAUUCCUUUACUGAUGCCGUUUUUGACGAGUGGAUGAAAAGAUUCAAUCCCCCUGUGGAUGCCUGGCCUCAGGAACUGGCACCCAUUGGUCACAAUCGGAUGUAUAACAUGGUUCCUUUCUUCCCUCCGGUGACUAAUGAGGAACUCUUUUUAACUGCAGACCAGCUUGGCUAUAGCUAUGCCAUUGAUCUGCCAGUUGAAGAAACUUCAGAUUGGACCACAACCCUCUCAGUGCUUAUGGGGAUGCUGGUGGUUUUGGUUGGUCUUUUUGCACUGCUGCUUCUCCUUCAAUAUAGAAGAGUCCGAAAAGGAUAUACACCCUUAAUGGAGACACAAUUAAGCAAGAAGAGAUACACAGAAGAAGCCUAGAUGCUCACGCCUUACCCUAGAGAAGAGGCUGGCCAAGGCUUAGUUCUGACACUGACAGUGAGCAAACGAAUCCUCACUGUUUUUCCUUUCGUUGAAGAUCUUUGGCAUAGCUCCUCCUGUUGUGGUGAUCCCAAAUACGGAAGACGCUUAGCUGUAGUUUCUGGUUUGCUUUGUUUAUCUCACAAACAAGCUAAAGUGCUUGAGGGUGUCUCUACCAUCAAACAAAGGUAGAGCUGCUGCUGAUUGGUGGUAUUUGUUAAUAAUUCCUCAUACUGAUUAAGCCUCCUCGUGUUCUGAGAGCACCCCAAAAAAUCGAUAGAGUGGAUUCAUUGAAAUUUGCAGGUCAGUGUAAUUUGAGAGCUGGACAAGAUCAUGGUUAAAUCUUUCUCAGCCCACACGUCUUCAUUUGUAAAGGGAUGGGGGCAGGAAGGUGCAGGUGCUACGUGAGUCUCCAAGGUCUCUUUUAGGUGUAAACAUCUGUGAUUUUAGGUGGCUUCCUGGUCAUCUUUCUGCGGCUUCUUUUUCUUCUUUUCUCUUGUUCUCUCCAGCCUUUAAAAUGGUCUUGAAGAUGAAAAUAGGCCUUAUUUUCCAUACAGGAUGGAGAACGAAUGAAUGAAUGAUCAAUUUGGUUCUCUUUUAUAAAUUAGACUUUACAGAGUUUAUAAAGAGUCUGCAGUUCUUAACAGCAGAGCUAUCACCAGAGUCCAUAUUCCUUUGCUAGGGAGCCUCAGAUGAAAACUUAUUCAUGCAUUUGGCUUAUUUUUAAGAGUUGACUUUAAAUUCAUUAAUGCUGCCCUGUACUGACGUUACUUACAAAUGCUAAUUGCGUCUUAUCAUUUAAAAGCAAACCAUCCAUACAAAAUAUGACAAUUCAGAAUUAAAUGGCUAUGAUCCACUAAGUAAUCAUCAGAUUAUGAGAGAUGAGAAUGAGGCAGUCUUUACGAAAACGUUUAGGCUUAUCAAGAUGAUCCCUACUUCUGACGAGUUAACGUUUUUUGAGCUCUUAAGACAGUUUCAUCUGUUCACGUCUGGUAUCCAUGCAGUAGGAGUGAAGCCACCGAGGUGGCCCUUCUGUCCACUCACUUCAGCUCCUCUCUACUGGAAUGGAUGUGUGUGAAGAAUGGGGCUUAAGAGCACCCUGGAGCCUUCUCCAUAUGGGGGGGCUAGAGGGUGCAAGAUUUACCAAUACCCAGUGUUAUUCCCCGGAAUAAGACUGCAGAAGCCAGAGAAAUGGACAGAGCUCAAUCUGAACUGAAUUUGAGUGAGUCUCAUAAAGUAUAUCUGAGAGUAGGCUCAGCAGAGGAGAAUCAAGACAGCCCAGAGUCCUUCAUGGGGUGAAGCCCUGCUUGGACCUCUAACCAGCGCCACAUGCAUAGAUCUCAAUGCCUGCCUUUAAUAGAAUUCAUGGAAAAUUCAGCAAUGUGUUAUUAACAUGGUCCACUCUGGCAGGUUUAUUUUCUGAACUCAAGGUUGUUGGGGAACACAUUUUUACGUCCUGUUUUUAAACCAAAAGAGAAAUAUCUUAAGAUGAAGAUAUAAGUGCGCGUGGUAGGUAUGUUCCUGAAAAGUUGUGUAUAGAUCAAUUAUACAUUAAAAGCACCAGGGGAAAUUACUUUUUAUGGAUGAACUAUUAUGAAUAAUUCUAUAAAGCACAUAACCACCUCUAGCUUAUCCUUCGAGUAUAUCAGAAUUUUCAUACAUCAUAUUCUCAUAAGAUUUGUUUAAAAGCAAGAUCUAUCUGUGGCAGAAAUAAAGACUAACCAUUUACACUUAGCUCCUUUUAACUAUAGUGUGUGCAACUUUUCAUAAGUAUUAUGUUUUAUGAUGCCUUCCUAAGAGAAAUAGUUUCCUAAUUUUGUAGUUCAUAUUAGAGUAAUAAAAUUUUCUAGCAUUUUGUAACAUUACAAUAAAUCAAUGACGACAGCCUUUCAGCAAAUCUAAAUGUAGAAUAAACCUGUAGAGUAAAAAGUUGGUAUUUACUUACAGUGAAUACUAUGCAGAUAAACUCAGAAAAUAUCCCCGAGCAUUGUACAGCCAUACGUCUCAAUGAUGGGGGGAAAUAUUCAACCUUGAAGAAAAUGAACAGAUUGCUUUAUAUGCAUCUAUCUGUAGUAUUAGAAAAAUUGUGUGUAUAUGAAGUAUGAUUUUAAAAGAAACGCUUCUUAAAAGCUAACAUUCAAAAGUGAAAUGAAAUCCAAUAACAUCUUUCCUUUGUGAAUUAAAUUCUCUUCUAAUUCUAAAAUUCUUUGACAUAAAUUUGUGUCUUGCUUAGGAUUUAACAUUGUUAAUUAUAAUAAUCCUAAUGAAUAAUUCUAAUCUCAUAUUAACAAAAAGUAGAAAACUUACUCAAGAGGAAAAUAAAAAUUGUUUUGCAGAUUAUUGUUCGUCUGUUGGGGGCUAUUGUUUUUUAAUUUGUGAACAUCAAUUCCCAUCUUUUUGGCACUCGAUAUAUACAUGAAAUUUUAUGUAUAUACAUAAAAUACAUAAUAACUACUUCACUUUUGAAAAUAAGUCCUUAAACUUGGACGGCAUUAUGCUAAGUGAAAUACGUCAGACAGAGAAAGACACAUACUGUAUGAUCUCACUUAUACUUUGAAUAUAAAACAUACAAUAAAGUAGUGAAUGAAACAAACAAGAAGCAGACUCACAGAUAUAGAGAACAAGCUAGUGGUUACCAAUGGGGAGAGGGAAGGGAGGAAGGGCAAGACAGAAGUAGGGGAUUAAGAGGUACAAAUUGUCAGGUAUGAAAUAAUACAGCCAAUAUUUUAUAAUAACUCUAAAUAGAGUAUAACCUUGAAAAAUUCUGAAUCACUAUAUUGUACACCUGUAAAUUGUGUAAUAUUUUAUAUCAAUUAUACUUCAAUUAAAUAAAAAAGAAGUUCUUAAA